CAACACCGAGCAAAUCAUCAAGGAAAUGGAGAAGGACAUUCUGGAAAAUUUCCUUGAGGGAUUGCCUGAACGAGUGGCUUGGAGGAUUGCCACCUUGGACCGCAAGUUGAAGUCCUUGGAGGAAGCCUACGAGGCCGUGUUGGAGAUCGAACGCCGCUUGAAGAAUCGACGUCGAAUUCGGGAAGCAGAAUCACCGCGACGUUUUAAAGAGGAUUCUCACAGCUGGAGAUCACCAAGAGACUCUUACCGCAGGGAUGUGUACCCUCGCUCACCGUCACCUCAUCGUAGGAUCUACACGCGGGACAGGAACACAUCUGGUUCGGAGUCGGAGUACGGGGAGAGCCCUACGCGCGCAACGGCAAUGACCUUGCGUAAACAACGCCAUUCACGCUCUCCGGGACACUCUUCAGAAGUGUCAGAAUUCGAGGAGGACCCUCGAAAAGAAGUAAUAGACAUCUACCGAUACUAUUGUAGAAACUGCAGUACGAUCGGGCACAACAGCGAUAAUUGCAGCAAACCACGACGCAGCGAAGACUACCAGCCACGUCGACGCACCGAGGCAGCGAGAAAGACUUCAUCACCGAAACCGAUGAGGAAGCCUUUAAACUCGCAUCGCGCUCAUCAAACCGGCGAUACGAUGAGCGGUCAGGACAACAAUCGCCGAAGGACCGUCCGUUUCUCGGAGGAAACACGGAACGCCGAGUCAAGGAAGCACCAACCCCACGUAUUAGGAUCAAGGUUCCAGAACUGGAAAAAGGAGAAGGAGAAUUCCUAAUCGAUGGAGGAGCUUCCG